CAGAGGCGGCCGCAGGAACAAUACGGCGGCGGGCGCGGAGCCGCGCGGCCGCCCCGCACCAUGUACGCGUUCGUGCGGUUCCUGGAGGACAACGUGUGCUACGCGCUGCCCGUGUCCCGCGUGCGGGACUUCAGCCCCACCUCCCAGCAGGACUUCGACAACCAGAAGGUCUACACCGUGUACCGCAACCCCGAGGAGGCGGCGGACGAGGACGACGAGAGCCCCGGCGAGUGGGGCGACCGCCUGCUGCUGCACAAGGCCCAGAUCCUGGCGCUGGCAGAGGACAAAACUGACCUUGAGAACAGUGUGAUGCAGAAGAAAAUUAAAAUCCCCAAACUCUCUCUCAAUCACAUAGAAGAAGCUGGGGAGGUUACAGAUUAUGGGGAAGAAGAUGUGGAGCUUAGACACAGUAAGAGACAAGAUGGGAGGAAACAAAGUGAAGGUACACACAAAAGCAUUGAAGCAGUUGUUGCUCGCCUUGAAAAACAGAACGGGAUGAGUCUCAGUAAUACUUCCAGCCCUGAGGAGGCUUUUAUGGAGGCUACAGAGGGCAUGAACAAUAUGGACGAUGCUGUAGUACCUCGGAUUCUCUAUGAGGAAUUGCUGAGGAGUUACCAGCAGCAACAGGAAGAAAUGAGACACAUUCAACAGGAGCUUGAGAGAACACGGAGACAGCUUGUGCAACAGGCAAAGAAGCUAAAGGAGUAUGGGGCACUCGUGUCAGAAAUGAAAGAGCUCAGAGACUUGAACAGGAGGCUCCAGGAUGUACUGCUCCUAAGACUAGGUAGUGGACCUGCCAUUGAGGUUGAAAAAGUAAAACCUGAAACAAUUGAGCCUGAACCUGAGGUACAGAAGACCUUCAGUGAGGAAGCAAAUACAUCAACGUACUACCCUGCCCCUGUUCCAGUAAUGGACAAGUAUAUUCUCGAGAAUGGAAAGGUCCAUCUUGGCAGUGGAAUUUGGGUAGAUGAGGAGAAAUGGCACCAGCUGCAAGUAACACAAGGAGAUUCAAAGUAUACAAAAAAUCUAGCGGUUAUGAUUUGGGGAACAGAUGUUCUCAAGAACAGAAGUGUCACAGGAGUUGCAACCAAAAAAAAGAAAGAUGCCGUUCCCAAGCCACCUCUCUCACCUCACAAAUUAAGCAUUGUCAGAGAAUGUUUGUAUGAUCGAAUAGCACAAGAAACUGUGGAUGAAACUGAAAUUGCACAGAGACUCUCCAAAGUCAACAAGUACAUCUGUGAAAAAAUCAUGGAUAUCAAUAAAUCAUGUAAAAAUGAAGAAAGGAGGGAAAUUGCUAAGUACAAUUUGCAAUAAAUUUUGGAUUUUUAA